AUGCGGCGCAUUGGCGCAGCGGCGCUGCUCCGCUGCAGUCUCCUCGCGUUGCUGCUGACGCAGCCGGCCGCCGAGCAGCUGCUGCGCUACCGCGCUGCCGAGGAGGGGCCGCCCGACCUGCCCGUCGGCAACGUGGCCGCCGACCUCGGCAUCCCGGUGGGCUCCGGUGAGGUGACGUUCUCGCUCGAAUCGGGACUCGAUUACCUGAAGAUCGAUAAUAUGACGGGAGAGCUGAGCACGAACGGGCGACGCAUUGACCGGGAGAAAUUAGAGCAGUGCCAGAUGGUAUUCGAUGAGAAGGAGUGCUUCAUAGACUUUGAGGUGUCUGUGAUCGGGCCGGCGCAGAGCUGGGUGGACUUGUUUGAGGGGAGAGUGAUUAUAUUAGACAUAAAUGACAACACCCCCUCUUUCCCGUCGCCUGUGCUGAGCCUGUCUGUGGAGGAGAACAGACCCAUCGGCACCCUGUACCUGCUGCCCACGGCCACCGACAGGGACUUUGGCAGAAACGGCGUGCAGCGCUACGAGCUGCUGCAGCUGAACGCUGAGGGGGGGGGGCGGCGGGCGAAGGGCGGCCCCCCCGGGAGGGCAAGGGGCGAGGGGGGCGUCUGGGGGCGGAGCAGCGUGUUUGAGCUCCAGGUUGCCGACACCCCCGAGGGCGGCAAGCAGCCCCAGCUGAUCGUUAAAGGGGACCUGGACCGAGAGCAGCGGGAUGCCUACGAGCUGACCCUGCGUGCGCGGGACGGGGGCGACCCCCCCCGCUCCUCCCAGGCCACUCUCAGGGUCACCAUCACCGACGUCAACGACAACAGCCCCACGUUCGAGAGAGAGCUGUACGAGGCGGAGCUAACGGAGAACAGUGCUCCGGGCACACCUGUGCUGCAGGUGAGGGCGCAGGACGCCGACGCCGGGCCCAACGGGCAGGUGGAGUACGUGUGGGGGGGGGGCAGCGAGAGGGCGGGCAGGCUGCUGCGGCUGGACGCGGCGUCGGGCUGGAUCAGCGUGCUGCAGCGCGUCGACCGCGAGGAGCUGAGCCGGCUGCGCGUCACGGUGACCGCGCGCGACCGCGGCACGCCCCCCCGAGCCGCCGCAACCACCGUCAUCCUCAGCGUCCGCGACCGCAAUGACAACCCGCCCCUCAUCGCCAUCCGCAAGAUCGGCCGCAUCCCGCUGAGGGAGGGCGUGGCGCUGGUGCCGGAGGGCGUGGCGGUGGACACCCCCGUGGCUCUGGUGCAGGUCUCAGACAGGGACCAGGGCGAGAACGGGGCGGUGACGUGCACCGUGGCGGGGGACGUGCCCUUUCAGCUGAAACCCGCCGGCGACUUCGACACAGAGCAGAACAGAAGGAAGUACUUCCUGCACACGGCAGCGCCGCUGGACUACGAGGCGACGCAGCUGUACAGCGUGGUGAUCAUCGCUGUGGACUCGGGCAGCCCCAGCCUGUCCAGCAACAGCUCCCUGCUGGUGAGGGUCGCAGACAUCAAUGACCACGCCCCUGUGUUCCUGCAGAGCGUGCUGGAGGUGUCCGUCCCGGAGAAUAACGCCCCCGGAGAGGUGGUGGCGCGUCUGCAGGCCCUGGAUGCAGACAGUGGGAAAAACGCAGAGAUCAGCUACUCCCUGGAUGCCUCUGUGAAAGGAAUAUUCUCCAUCGACUCGAGCAGCGGAGACCUCAGCGCCGUGAGCGUGCUCGACAGAGAGGAGGUGCAGAGGUACCAGUUUAAGGUGCUCGCCAAAGACAAGGGCGUCCCGCCCCUGCAGACGUCUGCCACCCUCCUGCUCCACAUACUGGACACAAACGACAAUGCCCCUGUGUUCCCCCAGGACACCUUCACUUUCCACAUGAAGGAGAACCUCCCGGGCAACAGCCCUGUUGGCAUGGUGACGGCGAUGGAUGUCGACGAAGAACAGAACGGUGAAAUCAGCCUCUUCAUCAGAGAGGAGGAGGAGGGUGACUUCUUCAUCAGUAAUGACACAAUCUUCUCCAGGCUGCCAUUGGACAGAGAGGAGCGGGAGAGCUACGUGUUUGUGGUGAUGGCAGUGGAUGGGGGAGACCCCCCCAGGUCUGCCUCCGUCACCGUGUCCCUGUUUGUGACGGAUGUGAAUGACAAUGCCCCGAUCGUCACCUUCCCCAGCAACGGCUCCUACACCCUGCUGCCCCCCUCCAGCAGCACUGGCACCAUCGUCAGGACCGUGGUUGCCAGGGACGCCGACGCGGGCGUGAAUGCGGAGCUGACCUUCAGGCUGGUGGGGGGGAACCCGUUCCAGCUGUUUGAGGUGGAGGCGGCGGGGGGGGCCGUGUGGCUGGCGCGGCCACUGGAACCCCGGCACCGUGGACUGCACCGGCUGGUGGUGCGAGUGACGGACGGCGGCUCGCCCCCCCGCUGCUGCACCGCCCUCCUGCACGUCUACGUCAACCACACCCUGUCCAAUGGCAGCGCGGUGCAGGCGGCCGUGGCCCGCAGCCUCGGCGCCCCCCUGUGGCAGGACGUGGCGGGAGACGCGGAGCUCGGCCUGGCCAGGCACAGGCUGAGCGUGGCGGUCGGGGCGCUGGCCGGCGCCGUGACUGUGCUCCUCGUCAUACUGCUGGUUGUCAUGGUGAGGAGCUGCGUACCCAAAAGCAAAAAGGCCUACGAGGCUGGAAGGGCGGAGCCGCCGGACAGGAAGAGGGCGGGGCGUGGGGGCGGGAGAGGGGGGCGUGCCGAGCGGCCGAGCGUGGCGCAGUACCGCGCCGUCAGCGGGGGCCCUGCCAGUCCUGACCUGGCCAGACACUACCAGUGCGGUGCAGCCCUGCCCAGCGUCCUGCUCCACCCACACUCGCCCCCUGCUGGCGAGAAAAAGCACCAGGCUGUACAGCAGCUGCCCCCCGCAAACACCUUCGUGGGAACAGCAGGGCCCGUUCCCAUGGUAACUGAGCAUAGUGACCAGACCAGCCACAAGUACAGCAAACAGCCUCCGCGGCGGGUCACCUUCUGUGCGACGGGCCCGUCCCAGGACCCCAGCGGCCAUGACAGCGGGCUGGAGGACUGUGAGAGCUGUGGGGCUGCAGCCCCUCUGGGGGACAGCCAGGAGAGGACCAGCCCUGAGGGCAGCGUGGGCGAGGCAGAGGGCAGAGAGAGCGACUCCAGGCCACUGCCGGACGUUACCCUGACAGGGAAAAGCACGCAGGCCUGUAACCGGCUGCAGCACACUGCCCCCUGCUGGUCGCCCAUGAGAACACCACCGAGCUGCCUCAGCAGCGCCGGCCGCGCCCAAAGCCUGCUGAGCAGAAAGAUGACCUCAUCGUCUUACGACACCCUCAGCAGGCUGGGCCAGGCGGUGUGCCAUGAGGAUGCCCCCCCUGCACAGCCAGGGGGGCACAGAACGGCCUCCUGUCACACACUGUCCCGCAGGGAAGUGUACCUGUGACAGCACCUCCCCCUGCUGGAGACAAACCAAAUUACAGCUACAUAAACGGAGAAGCAUGAGUGUUGGACAGUCUUCUAUGAAACAUAUGUCUCUUUGCCUCUUCUCUCUCUCU